AUAUGCUUUGUGAGCUUUUGCAUUUUUUGGAGUGCUAUGUUCUUUGUGUCUGCAGUAGAUGUUAACCAAUGCAAAACUCAUGAAAGCUUUGAACUAAACCAACUCUCAAAAAGAGGAGAUAUUAUUUUAGGAGGACUCUUUACAUUGAAUUUUAAAACAAUAAGGCCAGAAUUGUCCUUCACUUCCAAACCUGACCAGUGGAAAUGUGAGGGCUUUGAAGUUUCUCUCUUCCAGAGAAGUCAAGCAAUGAUCUUUGCUAUAGAAGAAAUAAACAAAAAUCAAACCCUCCUUCCUAAUAUAACUCUUGGCUACCGACUGUAUGACAACUGCAUGGCCCUUCCAGUAGCCCUCAGGGCGGCCACUGCUUUGUUAGCAGAUAUGGAUGAGGUUAUUAAUGAUUUUAGCUGCAAUGGCUCCCCUCCUGUAAUUGCUGUUGUCGGAGAUCCUCUGUCUUCUCAUUCCAUUGCAGCAAUGAGGAUUAUGGGUCCAUUUCAUUUGCCUAUGGUCAGUUAUUCUGCGACAUGUUCCUGCUUGAGUAACAGACGAGAGUUCCCUUCAUUCUUUCGGACAAUUCCAAGUGAUGCUUUUCAGGUUAAAGCUAUGAUUCAUAUUAUUAAAUAUUAUGGAUGGGUGUGGAUAGGUGCAAUAGCAAGUGAUGAUGACUAUGGACAGAAUGCAAUAAAAGCAUUUAUUAAGGAGGUUAGUGCAUUUGGCUGUGUUGCAUUCAUUGAAAUGGUCCCCACUGUGUACAAAAAAGAGAAAAUUCUUCAGAUUGUGAACACUAUAAAAUACUCUACUGCCAAGGUUAUUGUUGUAUUUUCACCACAAGUUGAAUUUUUUAAAGAAAUUGUUAAACAGAACAUCACUGGCAGGCAGUGGAUUGCAAGUGAAGCAUGGAGCACAUCUUCCAUUGUGGCAGUCACGGAAAAUUUUCAUUCAUUUGGAGGAACAAUUGGAGUUGCUGUUCACAGAGGAACAAUUCCUGGUCUGGAACAUUUUCUGCUUCAGCUUCAUCCUGAUUUCAGUAAUGACAAAAAAAUAAUUAUUCAGUUCUGGGAAACACUAUUUGACUGCAAAUUCCCACAAAAUUUAAGCAAAGUAAAUUCAAGUAGUAGAAUCUGUACAGGAAUAGAGGAUAUUCGUACUAUUAAUACUGCAUAUAGUGAUGUAUCAGAACUUCGGGUAACCUAUAAUGUAUAUAAAGCUGUAUAUGCAAUUGCUCAUGCCUUGCAUAAUUUAAUGUCUUGUGAAAAUGGAAAUGGACCCUUUGAGAAUAAAACCUGUGCCAGCAUCAAACAUGUUCAGCCUUGGCAGGUCCUGCAUUAUCUUAAGGAAGUUAAUUUCAUAAACCACUUAGGAGAAAGAGUGGCAUUUAAUGAAAAUGGUGAUGCCAUGGCCAUCUAUGAUAUUGUUAACUGGCAACUCUCUAAUGACAGCCGAAUUCAAAUUAAAACUGUUGGUCUUUUUGAUGAAACUGUUAAGGAAGUCAAUCAGAUUUCACUUGCCGAAGAACAGAUAUUUUGGAAUUUUGAAUCACGUAAACCUCCAGAAUCAGUUUGCAGUAAAAGCUGUCAACCUGGCACAAGGAAGGCCAGCAAGAAGGGGGAGCCAGUCUGUUGUUUCGACUGUGUCCCUUGUGCUGAUGGAGAGGUUAGCAGUGAGGUUGAUUCUGUUGAAUGUAUCAAAUGUCUAGAUGAUUUUUGGUCAAAUCAUGGAAGAAACCAGUGUGUUUUGAAGGAGCUUGAAUUUCUUUCCUUCGACGAUGCAAUGGGAAUUACAUUAACAACUAUUACCGUACUUGGAACUUGCCUGUCAGUCGCUGUGCUGGCAGUGUUCAUUCACUACAGGAGCACUCCAGUUGUAAAAGCCAACAAUUCUGAGCUCAGCUUCCUUCUACUGAUUUCACUCACUCUCUGCUUCCUUUGCUCACUGACGUUCAUUGGACAGCCUACUCAUACAACCUGCAUGUUGAGGCAUGUGAUGUUCGGCAUCAGCUUUGUUUUGUGUAUUUCUUGCAUCCUGGUCAAAACUGUUGUGGUAAUAAUGGCAUUCAAAGCAACACUGCCAGGGAAUAAUAUGAUAAAAUGGUUUGGAGUCUCUCAGCUGAGAGGAACUGUUUUCUUUUUUACUUUUCUUCAGUCUUUAAUAUGCAUAGUAUGGUUAGUCACAUCUCCUCCCAUUCCAGCAAAAAACACAAAAUAUUUUAAUUCAAAAAUUAUUUUAGAGUGUGAUGUGGGAUCUGUGAUUGGGUUUAGCUCCUUACUGGGGUACAUUGGAUUUCUGGCAUGCAUUUGUUUCCUCCUAGCUUUCUUUGCAAGAAAUCUGCCAGAUACGUUCAAUGAGGCUAAAUUCAUCACUUUCAGCAUGUUGAUCUUCUGUGCCGUGUGGAUCACUUUCAUACCUGCUUACAUCAGUUCUCCAGGGAAACACACAGUAGCUGUGGAGGUUUUUGCCAUUUUGGCAUCGAGCUUUGGUGUCCUCUUUGCAAUAUUUGCACCAAAGUGCUACAUUAUUAUAUUUAAACCUGAAAGAAAUACAAAGAGAGCUCUAAUGAGAAGGCAAAAUGUGGAGUAAUUUGGAAAAACAAAUAAAUGUAGGUAGUAUAAUUAGUGAAAAAAGCCAAAAUUUGAAUAUUUACUGUGGACAGAAUUUUCUAGGAAUAGUCACAAUGUAUUACUACUUGAUUGUAAAUAAAUACAAUGCUUAACUAGUGCUUUUGCCUACACACAAAUUAGCAGUUGUUUUACUAUGAUGUGACUGAAACCAUAAACAUUUCUUUGCUGAAAUUAUAAAGAAGAUGUUCUACACCCACACUUUUUUACUAAUACAAGA